AUGCAUUGGUGUGUGUGUCCCGUUCGUGAAAUCGCCGACGCGCCAGGUCCCCACCUCAGCCCCGUGCCACACGGAACCGCCUCCUCUCCGUCCCCGACCCAGCCAUCAGUGGGUAGACGGGCAUCGGUAGCACCAGCUCCGGGUCAGGCCAAGGCCGACUUCCAACACGGCCAAUGGCCAAUGGACAAUACGGUCCAUCAGUCCAUCAGAUGGUGCUCAUCAAGGACGCUCAUAGGACGAAAAGGCUUCCUUCUGGAAGUUACACUCAUCCAGAGCCACAUCUAUUUGAGUACCAUGGCCCUUCAAGAGUUCAUGAUUUCGCCUGCGACCACGUCCCCAGGCUAUCCAGCGUCGCUGGACUUAUACGCAAGAAAAGACGAGGUCUGCGACCUCGAAGGAUGGCGCAUUGGUCUGCAGAAGGCAGCCGCCCAGAACCUGACGAGACAGCUGCAGGAGAUGCCCUCCAACCUCCUCACACCCACAGCUUUUGCGCAGAAUGUCGUCGAGGUGCUGUGCAAAUCCGGUGUCAAUGUGGAGGUCAAGGUCGAGGGCUGGGCCGAGAGCCAGUCAAUGCACGCCUUCCUGGCUGUGGGCAAGGCCUCGUGCGAGCCACCCAUCUUCCUGGAGCUGAGUUACUACGGCACCUGUGCCGAGGAGCGCCCCAUUGUGCUGGUGGGCCAAGGCGUGACUUACGAUGCUGGAGGAUUGUGCCUGAAAGAGAAACAUGAGCUCUUCCAUAUGCGUGGCGACAUGACCGGGGCCGCCGUUGUGGUGGCCUGUUGUCGAGCUGUGGCUGGCCUGCGUUUACCGGUCAACAUUCGCGGCCUGAUACCUCUUUGUGAAAACGUAGUGGGCUGCAAUUCGGUCCGUACUGGGGACAUGGUCAAGUCCAUGAACGGCAAGACCAUCGAGAUCCAGUGCACCGAUCACGAGGAUGUACUGGUCCUGGCAGACGCCCUGCUGUAUGCGCAAAACUUCUGUCCCAAGUGCAUCAUUGACGUCGGCACCUGCUCGGGCUACAUGCGCCAGGCCCUGGAUGAGUCGGCUGCGGGGGUCUUUACCAACUCGGAGAUCCUGUGGCAGCAGAUCAAGCACGCCAGCAUGCAUACCGGAGAUCGUGUGUGGCGCUUCCCAUUGUGGAAAUAUUACAGCAAGGCCGUGCGUGCCGGGGGACGCAGCGAUGUGCAGAACUAUGGCAUUGACCGAGGUGGACGUCCCUGCAAGGCCGCUGCCUUUCUCCGUGAGUUUGUGCCCUGUGGCCAGUGGAUGCAUAUUGAUGCCACAAAUGUUAUGGUGACAAAGGGCUUCGAAUACGAGUAUCUGCGCAAGGGAAUGGCCGCCCGACCCGAACACUGGUGGAGUUUAUUGAUCUGACGAUUUGCAAGGAUACGACCCCACGUUUGGCCAAGUAAUCAAUCUCUAACGGGAAUCCAAUGUUAUAUAUAUUUUUUACUGUGUUUUUUGACGAUGCCACACACGAACA